AUGAAAAAUAUCAAUAAUCACUUCAGGAACUCCGUUAGUUAUUUUGAUAUUGUGAUAUGGGUGACUGUGUCUGCCCAUCCGGACCUCAAAAAAGUGAGGAGGAUGAUCUGGGAGAGGUUGGGUUUGCCUUAUGGCGAUGAUCAUACUGAGGAUAUGGAGAGCCAUAUAUUGUUUGAUAUCCUAAAGAGGAAAGAGUUUCUGCUCAUCUUAGAUGACCUGUGGGACAGGGACAGGUUCGAUAUAAAAGAAAUAGGAAUUCCUCGACCAAAGAAUGGGAGUAAGAUUGCGAUAACAACACAAAAUGGAGAUGUAUGCAGCGAUAUGGGGGCCGACUCCACAGUGGAGGUAAAGAAAUUGUCAGAGGAUGAAUCAUGGGAAUUGUUCUGUGCGAAAGCAGGUCCUCAUGUCGCCUCCCCAACAAUAGAACCCUAUGCCAGGCCUCUUCUCAAAAAGUGCGAUGGCUUGCCUCUUGCCAUCGUCGUCUCUGGAAGAACCAUGAGAGGUAUACAAUCAAUAGGGGAAUGGGAGUACGCAAAAUGGGCACUGGGGCAUUCUCCAUCAGAUAUGGCAGGUAUGAAUGACGAGCUAUUUCGCGUCUUGAAGUUUAGUUACGACAGGCUAGAAAAUGCUUCCCUUAAAUCCUUGUUCUUGUACUGUGCUUUGUUACCUGAAGAUUAUUUAAUAGGGGAAUAUGAGCUUGUGAAUUAUUGUAUAGAAAAAGGAUUAUUAGAUGGGCGAGAUAGUCUCAAUGAGGCUCGUGAGAAGUGCUAUGCAAUGCUCGGAAGCCUUGAAAUUGCAUGCAUGGUAGAAAGUGGUGGUACUGAAGACACCAUAAAAAUGCAUAAUUCGAUGCGCGAAAUGGCCCUAUGGAUCACUUCUUCAGGGCAGGGGCAGGGGCACGGUCGAUGCUUCCUAGGGAAGUCUGGCAUUGGAUUGAGGGAGGCACCUGUGUUUAGGAAAUGGCAAGAGGAGGCAGAAAAAGUCUAUCUGGUAGAAAACGAUAUAGAGGCUCUCCCUUUGUUGCCAGAGGAAUGCGCAAGACUCGUCUCCUUGUCACUUCGAGGCAAUAAUCUCGUGAAGGAGAUCCCACCACACCACUUCUUUGAAAGCAUGAGUGCCCUUCGUGUACUCGAUCUAAGCCUAACGAGUGUUACCCUCCUUGUCUCACUCGGUGAAUCUCCGUGCGCUUCGUUUAAGCGGAUGCUUGUAUCUAGAAGAGUUGCCCCCAACAAUAGGACAGCUUCCACAACUCCAAUUGUUGGAUCUAUGAGGUUGCAAUCGAUUGGGAGAGCUACCUGGAUAAACCUUGCUGAGUUGACGAACUUAAAUGCCACGAGCGUUUCAGUUGAAGGCGCGGCCACUUGGGACUGGCUCCAGGAGUGUGUUAAGACAUUUAUGCAUUGGGGUGCCAUGGAACACAUGCUUUGGAAACCUGAAGACAAUAAGUAUAAUGAGAUGCCCCAGAUUGCGGAUACUAUUCACACACGCUCUCAGGUACACGAUUCAGACCGUGAGAGGGAAAUUCUUAGGAUGCGUUUUCUGCUGAUCUUGGAUGGUGUGUGGGACAAAUUGAAAAUUGAAGAUGUGGGGAUUCCUCUUCCAACAGAUGAGAAUGGUUGUAAAAUUCUAUUAACAGCACGAACAUCAAGUUUGUGUAAUGAAAUGAGCGAUUCCUCUUCCAACAAACGCCACCCACUCUACUCAGUUGAAGUGAAAACGUUGUCACCAGAAGAAGCAUGGAGUCUGUUCGUUGAUAAGCUCGGCCAAUAUAUUUCACUUCCACCUAUAGAAUCCUAUGCCAGAACUGUUCUCAACGAGUGCGAGGGAUUGCCCUUGGCCAUCAUUGCUGUCACAGUAGCAGCGGCGAAGCAUAAGACGUACAAGGAUUGGGAGCGUGCUGCAAAUGACUUGGAGCAGUCAGUCUCAAGUCUCAAAGGUAUGGAGAAGAAAGUGUUUGGCAUCCUCAACUAUAAUUAUGAUAAAUUAGAUGACAAAGCCCUGAAGCACUGCUUCUUGUAUUGUGCUCUAUAUCCUCAACAUUAUUUACCAGGAGAAGAGGAACUUUUAAAUUAUUGUAUCGAGGAAGGAUUAGUAGGUAAGAAUCUCAAAGAUGCUCGUUCUAUUUUCAUGGGUCACCUUAAAACAACGGGCAUGCUUGAAACUGGUGAUCGUGAAAAUACGGUCAGAAUGCACGACAUGAUGCGUGAAUUGGCCCUGUGGAUCACAUUCAAUGGAUCGCAGGAUAACCCUAUGUUCUUAGUGCACUCCCGUGCUGGAUUAGUAAUGGGACCAGAUGCACAAAAAGUUUCCUUGAUGGGGAAUAACGUAGAGGCUUUACCUGAAUUGAAAGCGUGCCCGAAGCUCCGCACUCUGUUUAGAGUGCUUCAAGGCAAUGAUUCCCUGGAUGAAGUCCCACGGAGAAAUUUCUUUAAGCAUAUGACAGCUCUUCGUGUACUCGAUCUGAGUGGCACGAGGUUGGAAACCCUCAUCAACAUCUUGUCACAACUGGUGGACCUCUGCAUUCUUUGUAGAAGUGGAUGCCGCUUCCUUAGAGGAUUGCCUUCAGAUUUGAGAAAUCUCAAAAAACGCCAAAUACUGGACCUUAGUGGGUGUGAUGUGAUCAAAGAGCUUCCCGUGGUUGUUGGGGAGUUGGCCAAUUUGAGAUGUGCUUCUGGUAUCUACAGAAUCCCACCUGAGAUACUGUCCAAGUUGCGCAUGUUGGAGCAGCUGGUUUUGAUGGAUAACAAUCUGAAAUGGCACAUUGGAGGGACUGGACAAGGGGGGGGAGGGGCGAGCACAAAAGAGUUGACACGGUUAAGCCACUUAACUUCUAUUGACAUUUCUUUAACAGAUGUAGACAUCUCCCACUGGCUUAAGUUGCUAGCUAGCAGGACAAGGGACAAUGUAACGAAUUAUGCGUUAGAUCUCUUAGAAGGGGCCAUGAACCUGCAGCAUUUGUCGAUCUUCUUGUGCACAGGUAUGAUACACGCCCCCACUCGUUGCUUGGAAUCUCUUGGGAUUGACAAUUGUGGAGAUUUGGAGCAUUUGAAGGUUGGAACUCAGGCCAAAGAGGACGCGUUUCAAAGGCUCGCAGUGUUGCACCUCUCUCUGUUGCCUAAUCUAAAAAGAGUUUGUACAGGUGUGCGACCAAGUAGGUGCUUUGGAGUUCUGAGGACGAUAGAUAUAGAGAAGUGCCCAGAAUUGCAGAUUCUCUUCACAAAGGGCAUUGCGCAAAACCUUGUGAGUUUGGAAGAAAUAAAAGUCUUAAAUUGCGAGGGAAUGGAGGAGAUGAUAGAGGAUAAGGAGAUUGGAGAUUGGAGUUCAUGUCAUCCCAAAACUGAGGAGAAUACUGCUAUUCAGCCUGCCUGA